AUGUCAACUGCACCGGAGAGACAGACAAACAUUAGCGACAGCUCGCGAGCGUAGGAAAGUUAUAAUCCUUUGACAAAACGCCUCUCCAGUCUGUACAAAGUAAUGAGGUAGAUAGCUGGACAGCUAAGCAGACGUACAUUGAUUACAACGGACUGGCGUUGCCUCGGUGAAAAUGGACCAGGAGUUUGAAGACAUAGAUUCAGAGGGCCGGUGGCAAAAACUCUACCUCGAAAUAAGGAAUCAGUCCCACGAGUGCUCCUACAAAGUGGCGAAGUAUCCAGAGAACCGAAACCGAAACCGAUACAGAGACGUCAGUCCAUUUGAUCACAGCCGGGUGAAGCUGGAGAGCACAGACAAUGACUACAUCAAUGCAAGUCUGGUAGUCAUGGAGGAAGCCCAGAGAAGUUACAUAUUGUCUCAGGGCCCCCUCAGGAACACCUGUAGCCACUUCUGGCUCAUGAUCUGGGAGCAGAAGACCAAGGCGAUCAUCAUGCUCAACAGGGUCAUCGAGAAAGGCUCAGAAAAGUGUGCUCAGUACUGGCCCACAGCUGAGGAGAGGGAGAUGGCCUUCAGAGACACUCGUCUGUUGGUCACGCUGCUGUCCGAAGACACCAAGUCUUACUACACCACCAGAGUGUUGGAGCUGCAGAAUAUUAGUACGGGGGAGAAGAGAAAGAUCUACCACUUUCACUACACCACGUGGCCAGAUUUUGGUGUCCCAGAGUCCCCGGCAUCCUUCCUUAACUUCCUCUUCAAAGUGCGGGAGUCAGGAGCAUUGGGGGUGGACCACGGGCCCGCUGUGGUGCACUGUAGCGCUGGAAUCGGACGUUCAGGGACAUUUUCAUUGGUUGACACGUGUGUGGUCCUGAUGGAGAAGAGGAAAGACCCUUCAUCAGUGGACAUCAAAAGUAUCCUGUUGGACAUGAGGAAGUACCGCAUGGGCCUGAUCCAGACCCCUGACCAGCUGCGCUUCUCCUUCAUGGCUGUCCUCGAAGGAUCCAAACACAUCACGGGAGACUCCUCUGUACAGAACCGGUGGCGGGAGUUGUCCAGAGAAGAUCAGGAGCCGACAUCAGAGUCUCCCCCCUCAACUCAGUCCCCAGCCAGGUGUCCAACAGAGCGAUAUAACGGCAGCCAACGGGGAGGUCAGCUGGAGGAAGGAGAGGACUACAGACAGGAUAGCAAAGUACCCGCACAGUCUCCUUGCAAGGAACAGGACCAGGAUGGCGGCACGACACACAAACGACGCAGAGAAGACAGCAUCUCCAAAUCAGGCACAGCAAAGACACCCCAAAGCAAGCCCAGGACAAAUGACCCAGAGAAGAAGAGAAAAAGUUUGGGCUGCAUUUGCUGCACAUGACAAGAGCUGGCCUGUCCAGUGGGGGGGGGGGCAGCGUAUCUUUACCCCCCUCUGUGACAGCAACUACCACGAAGAGCACAUUUACAAGACAAGGUUUACCCACAGCUUUUAAAAAGAACGCCCAGUCUUGUACACGGAGGUGUGAGUGUACUUGGUGUCUGCUGUGUUUUUGUUUCUGUUGAGGUUUUGCUCUUUUCAUGAUUUGCUUGGCUCCUGCGGUUUGGAGUUCGUUUUGCUGCACUCUAGCAUGGUGUGUGUGUGUGUAGUGUAGUGUGUGUACAUGUGUGGCUAAUGGCUAGUUUUGAAGCUCUGAAAUAUCAGGUUGAGUUGGAAUAAUAGAAGCCGCUAAGUUAGCUCUGAAUCAAAAAGAUUCAAAUUUGGUGGCAUCUUUUUUUAUCUGUCUUUUCGAUCCUGUCAAAUGAUAUUGAGCACAUUAGCGUAAAACAUGGCAACCACGAAAGUGUUCACCUUACGAAACUGUUGUUUUGCACAUACAAGUGCUGCUAUCACAAUAAAGUGUGGUUUGUAGAACAGAUAAUGUCGAGUCUCUGAUGGUCUCUUGACAAUCUUGUGUCGGGGCUCAAGCUUGUAAGUCAGAUUGUUGCUGUGGUUUUACUGCUGCUCCUAAUUUUCAGAGUUGUUUCAUGAGGUCGUUACGUUUCUUCUUUCAAUGGAAGUUUGGAGGUUCGGAAUUCAUCAGGAGAUUUAUGGUGAUCUAUGAGGGCCGUUGUUCAUUAAAUAGGCUGGAGGACCAUUGAACAAUCAUUAAUGUUGGUGUCUUUUGCUGUAGUCUUACAAACUAGAUAUUAAAGGCUGCAACUAAUUAUUAUUUACAUUAUUGAUUUAUCAAUUUGGUCUAAAUGUCACGGAAUAAAUAAAUAAACUGUUACAAUUUCCUAAAGCUAA